AACAUAGGAUAUAAUUAUCAGUUAGUCGGUAAUCACCUCAUCAAUUCAAUGCCACGUGGUUUGACAGCAAUGGGUUGUAUUGAGCCAGUGAUGGAGCCGCAUGCCUUUGCGUUGAGGAGAGUUUGUUGCUGUUUGGUAGCGACAAGGUUCCUACUAUUUAGGUCCUAGGCUAUAUUUGCGAUUCUCCUCCGCUCCGAUAGAUGGAAACGAUGGCUUUUUUGACAAUUGGCACUAAACGCAAGCUCUACUUCAAGUAGGACAUUGUCCUAUCGCAGUGUAGCCUAUUCUAACAAAUAUACUUUAUAUCAAUAACAGGACUGCUUCAUCCGACAGUAAUUGCAGUGUAACAACCCUCUUCUUAUAUAGGCUACUAACUGUUACGAUUUUAUCAUGUCGACAAAUUUCUCUUUUAACUCACAGCUUGUCUCUAUCAUGGAUGCGUUAUCCAAAACGGCUGUAUUGGAAAUAGGUAAACUAGUCCAGAUCGAAUCAAAGAUGCUAAAAAUAGAGAUUAAUCGGGGACGAAAUGAAAUCGCAUCACUCACAGAGAAAUUGCAGUUGAUGGAGAAGCUGCUUUGGAUUGCCCAAGGACACCGGCAGGACACCGCGGGACGAUCAAUCACACGGGAUUCAGAAAUAACUUGCGGCGAAUUAGAUGGUGGCGCUACAAUCCAACCAAUAAAAAGUGAAAGUUUACAGGAAAGCAUAUGUCCCUCCACUGAGACAACUAAUGAAGAUGAAGAAAGCUUUCAUCAACGGUUCACAGACAAAUCAAAAGAACAGCCUGUAAUCAGCGUAAUUAAAGAGGAGCCACCCGAAGAGCAGACCUCUGAAUUAAGUACACAGCAAGAACUAGAAACCGAUACAAAUAAUUUGUUACUUUCAACAGGAGAAGCAGAACUGCAAACCCAACCUGAGAAGAGGUGGUCAGAUGUUCCAAUUCAUCCAAAAUCAGCGUCAAGUGUACAACUGUUCAUUCCCUGCUUUUCCAUCACCCAGACUCUUGCCUCAUCCAAUGCGGCUGCACCAGCAGGGUUCCAGGAAACCCCAUGCGAUCAGAACCCCUUGCUUAGGCCAACACCUGCCUCACACAACAACAACAAUAACAACAAAAUGGACACUAGUGGGAGGACACUAGUUUGCCGGAAUGCGGCCUCCAAGGGCCUGGGCCCGGCCAGGAGCCUUGCCCCAGCCAAGAGCACAAGGAUCCAGGGACUGCUGUGGAACUCUGAGAUGGCCAAGAGGUUUGGUUGCGCUCAGUGCGGAAAGAGCUUCCGCUGUUUCAGCCAGCUGGAGAUCCACCAGCGGAGCCACACCGGGGAGAAGCCUUUCAGGUGCACGCUAUGUGGGAAGCGUUACGCGCAGAAGGGCCACCUGUACACGCACCAACGCACCCACACCGGAGAGAAGCCGUACGGCUGUCCCAUCUGCGGCAAGGGCUUCAUCCAGAAGUGCACCCUGGACAUGCACCAGCGCACGCACACCGGGGAGAAGCCGUUUGUCUGUGGUCAGUGUGGUAAAGGGUUCACCAAGAAUUGUAAUCUCAAAAAGCACCUGGCCGUGCACGCGGACGUGGUGGACGGACACUCGUAUAACGGGGAAUCGAUAGCCAGACAUGGUCGCCCUGUUGGAUUAGGACCAACCAACACCACCACAACCACCACCACACACAUUUCUGUCACUCAAUUUCGUUGGGUCCGCUCGAUCUGCAGGAUUUCCCCUCAAAAAAUAUUAUACAGCGAAUUUGUCAACAUGAUGUGCGACACCACUAACAGAAGUUUCAGAACUAAUCUGGCCACUAUUUUGGAACAACUGACCAACGCAGCCUUAGUUGAAAUAAGCAAGCUUGCCGAUGACUGCUCCGCCGUCCUCCACACAGAGAUAUCGCAACAGAAGAGUGAAAACGAUGCAUUAAAAAAGAAAUGCUAUUCACUUGAGAUUCAACUGAGGGCAGCCAGAGAAACACAGCACUAUCCAAACGACACUCUUGACCAUCGACCGAGUGGGACUCAUGGCCUGGAAAAACGUGUACAAGAGCAGCAACAGCAUCCCCCAACGAUUGAAGGCAUUUUUGGAAAGGACUGGUGCAGUGACCUAUGGAGAGAAGAAAGAGUUGCCACGGAAAGGAAAGAGAGAAUGGAAGCUUCUGCCACCAGAGAAGUGUUACCACAGGCAAUAAACCUGAUAGACAGUGAUCCCGACCUAAUAUUUGUGAAAGAGGAGGCAUACGAUGACCAGCCAAUCGGCCAACAGAUGAGAACCAGGGAUCACAGAAAAAGCGGGCCUACGUUCGAGGAGAGCUCCCUUCACAGAACCGUCCCCAACGAGCUUCGCCUUCACGCGAGAGACUUGCACAACUUCACCAUGAACGCCAACAGCCAGACGCAGCAGCAACCAGGCACACAGCCCUCCGUGCCGCUCAUAGAGCAUCUGAUUGCAGACUCUGGGCUGAGCACCUUUGUCGACAACACAAACCCUUCCCAAGCCACCGGGGAAUACUCCGACUGUAUGAACAAUGCCCACAGCAACGCCAACAACAACGCCAACGCGGGUAAACAAUUGGCUGUGGACCAGCGGGUUAGGAAGCCACUGAAAACCUUUGAGUGCCUGUUCUGCGGGAAGAUAUUCAACUAUCUCAGCAGUUUGAAAGUACACAUCCGGAGACACUCUGGCGAGAAGCCCUUCAGUUGCCCCGUUUGUGGGAAGAGGUUCGCUCAAAAAACGUAUCUGAAACUACACCAGCGAGUGCAUUCCGGGGAAAAGCCUUACAGUUGCCAGCAAUGUGGCAAAAGCUUUUCCCAGAAGAGCUCCUUGAACAUCCACUUACGGACACAUACGGGAGAAAAGCCCUAUAGCUGUGUUGAUUGUGGGAAGAGUUAUGCGUACAAGUACGGUUUUAAUCAUCACCAGUGUUUUAAUUGAUCUAAUUAAAAGCUGCCGUUUGUAAGACAUGAGCUGUAAGGGGGAUCAGAAAAGAGCAUCAUAAACGCGCCUCUCUCCCCCCCCCCCCCCCCUACCUCCUCUGUAGCUAUACCAUCUGGGAGAAAUCCCCUGAUUAUUCAGAAAUAUAAAUAUUUGAACUGACCCAAAACCGAAUUUCUGAGAAGUGUACCCACACGUCACUAAAAGUUUUGCAACUAUAUAGUAUUGAACUAUUGAGCUAACUAUAUAGUAGUAUAGCAUGUGUUAUUGAAGUGUAUGUAUCUUAAUAUAUGAGAGUAAUGAGUGUUCUAUGAUUGAUAUUGUAUUGAUGCACCCAGAAGAAGGCAUUAUAUCACGUUUACACUGCCAAUUCCUAUUCAGAGUCCUCAAACCGAAACACAAUAAAAUGUGUUACACUUGUGAUGUUAGAUUAGUUAUAUGUCUACAUUUAAAUAAUAAAACCUUUUUUGUUUUGACA